AUGCUUUCUUGUUGGCCAUGCUCUGGAGUUUGUGAAAAUCCUCCACAGUCAGUUCCGCUCCACACUGGCAGCACUCGGAAUAUAUCUGCCUCUUUUCUUGCUAACAAUCCGGCGCAACGUCACCGACUAAUUGCCUUUGUUCGACGUGAACUACGAGCUCUUGCUCCUUGGUUGGCAUACGACACUAGUGCGAUCACUCAUAAUUCAGAUCAAGCUGACCAUUCAUUGAGACGUCUACAUUCCGGUCGAAAUCGUCCUCAUAACUCUUCUUCAUCUUCAUCCUCAUCUUCCUCCUUUACAUCCACUCAGAAUGGAAGUAGCUCACUCAAUGAUCCUCUCCAUCACUUUUUCUCCGCACCCAGCUCUUCCACAUCUAAUUCCAUCCCGGCCACAUCUCCUCCAUCCUUCUCACCACUCCUUUUUGGUGCUGGUGGCGGCUUGCAUGCUAACACACCUAUGCUCGACGAUCUCUCAGUUCGCGUUGUCCAACAUGUCUCACAAGCAUCUUUGACCAAUUGGGCUGGUCUUUUUGCCUAUCUGCGUAGACAGCCUGGCCUUAAUUGGCGUCUUGUGCCACUUGAUCGCCUAAUGCAAUUUUGUGCUGAGUUCGAAGCAUUUGCGCGCUCCUCAGCUCCUAGUCUGACAGAGUAUGACGCCUCAGUCUCACUGCAUCGAGGAAUGCCCUUGCCACUUUCCCAUUCAGCAGUAGCUCGACGUCCACCACCCGUUUAUAUCGGCAGUUCAGCAGCUGCUGGAGGCAACAGUCAACAAGCUGGUUUUGCUCCUCCACACCAGCUCGUCGUUGGUCGCAUUUCCACUUGGCUGGGCACCCAACUAUCUGUUGAAAUGUCCCCAAACGGCGGCCAUUCUGCUUCGCAGGAUCCACUAAAUAUGGCUGCGGACUUGACUGUUCGUUUGCUCAGGGCUGUCGGCUACCCACAUACUUUUCGAUCGACUUCUUCAACUACCUCCACCGCCAAUCACUUCGAGGUUAUAGACCUCGUUGGCGAAUCUACAACUGAUUUGCAUGACUCGCUUACUCGCGGUAUGUCCGAAUUAGUUGAUUAUUCUGGCUUUGAAGGGGACAUGAUUGCGGACUCUACCGCCGCUGGACUAUCUCGACUUGUUUCUGGCUCGCGUCACCAUCACCAUCCAGGCCGUCUUUUGGCGCAGCGUCUUCUAAGUGAAUUAAUCGAUCAGGCCUUAUUUGUUGCUGCUCUGACACCCUAUUAUCAACAUAAUCAUAAUACUUGUCACAGCCGGCAGUCUCUUGCUCGAAUUGAUGCUCCUGGAUCUGCUAGACGACCACUUGAUCUUACUACUCGCGCCCCAACCGAUGUCUCAAUUGUUUCUUACGACGACGACGAUGAUGAAGAAGAUGCUGAUGAGGAUACUCUCAUAGGAGAAAACGAG